UGGUGACCUGUAAUGAAAUCCUAGCUCCUGCAAAGGGUCAUCUGACAUGUGCUGAUCCUUUGGGAAAGUACUCUUUUCGUUCUACUUGCAAUAUUUCCUGUGUUGAGGGACACAAAUUGAGAGGAAAAGCCACACUCAGCUGUCUAAGUGAUGGCAAUUGGUCAGCACCAACAUCUGAUUGUGAAGUUGUAAAGUGUGACCCAUUGAAGCCCAUUCCACAUGGCUCCCUGCAAUGUUAUGACCCUGUGGAGAAGUUUGCUUAUGGCUCCACUUGCUGGUUAAAAUGUGAUUUUGGUUUUGUCCACAAUGGUACAAAUUCCACUCACUGUACCGAACAGGGGAACUGGAGUUACAUCCCUCCUGUUUGCCAAGCUAUACAGUGUUCGCCUCUCUCUGAUGCACCAAGUUAUGGAAGUAUGACCUGCACACACCCUCUCUCCACCAACAGCUACAAUUCCAGCUGUGAGUUCAAGUGUGAAGAGGGUUUUGUGCUUAAAGGUGCAGAUUCCACCCACUGUGACCAUACUGGGCACUGGACACAUAGCACCCCUAUUUGUACAG